AUGUCGUUACCCAGUGUAUGGCUCUCAAAUGGAGACACGCAGGGUAUUUACGACGAUGUUUUUCACGCCGUCGUGGACAAAACCAAACAGUCAGUUGUUGGGCAUGGUAUUGAUGCCGUUACAUCUAUGGAACCUGUCACUACGUCAUGCGCCCUGAAGAAGGUCACGGCACAGGUGGAGGAUGCGGUAGCAAAGGGCGCCAAAAUUGCUCUUGGCGAGGGUAACGUCUUCCAAAGCGCGACUUACUCCGAGGGCAGUGGCGACGGCAGAGGCGUGGGUGGUUACUUUAUGGCGCCUACGAUGCUCAUCGAUAUGAACCAUGAUCCUCAAUCAAGAAGAGGCAUUCGCUCCAGUCUGUGGCAUUUUUAA